AUGGCCACCCUUUAUCCUCCCCCCAGUAAGCGCCAAAAGCUUGUCCAGGCUGAGAAGGCUCGCGAGCAGCAGGAGAUUGAAAGUAUUCCGUCCGAUUUGGGCAGUGUCCGAGUCCAAUUCUUCGAUCAAGCAACCGGCCAGCCCACCGGGCCUGCGGUCUCGGUCCCAGUCGCUGAUGCCAAUGUGAAGAAUCUUGAGACUUUACUUAACACAUUACAAGGAAAUGAGGAUGAUGAGCGAGUACCGUACCGAUUUGCCUACCAUUCCGAAAAAGAAGAACAAACGAUCGAUAUUCUCCGCGAUGUGUACCACUCGCUGCUCCAGCCCGGAGUCAAGACUACCGAAGAUACAGUAUCUCUCUUCUACACACCGCAGGCGGUCUUCCGAGUGAAGGCCGUUUCACGAUGCGCGGCCUCCAUUGCCGGACACGGCGAAGCAAUUCUAGCAACAUCCUUCUCUCCAGUAUCAUCUUCUACCAUGGUCUCUGGAAGCGGAGACUCAACUGCUCGUAUCUGGGAUUGCGACACUGGAACCCCUCAACAUACGCUCAAGGGCCACACUAGCUGGGUGUUGGCUGUCGCAUACUCUCCCAACGGUGCUAUGAUCGCGACCGGUAGCAUGGACAACACCGUACGAUUCUGGGAUGCCAAGAAGGGUGCCGCGCUGGGUGGGCCGCUCAAGGGUCACGCAAAGUGGAUUACCAAUUUGGCCUGGGAGCCAUACCAUGUGCAGGAGUCCGGACGACCGCGUGUGGCAUCUGCCUCCAAGGACUCGACAGUGCGCGUUUGGGAUGUGGUAUCACGAGUAACUGACCAUGUGCUCACCGGUCACAAGUCUUCCGUUACUUGUGUGCGCUGGGGUGGCACUGGCAAGAUCUAUACUGCGUCUCACGACAAGACCAUUAAGAUCUGGAACCCGAAGGAUGGCACUCUUCUGCAGACCCUGGCGGCGCAUGCUCACCGUGUCAACCACCUCGCACUGUCUACAGACUUUGCUCUUCGCACCUCCUACCACAACCACACUGGCAAGGUCCCCACGACCGAAGCUGAGAAGGUAGCCGCCGCCCGGAAGAAGUUCGAGGAGGCAGCCACAGUGAACAACACUAUUGUUGAGCGUUUGGUAUCAGCCAGUGACGAUUUCACAAUGUAUCUGUGGGAGCCAUCCACUUCCAGCAAGCCUGUUGCACGAAUGCUGGGUCACCAGAAGGAGGUGAACCAUGUUACUUUCUCGCCAGAUAUGGCCUACAUUGCCUCCGCUGGAUUUGACAACCACGUCAAGUUGUGGAACGGCCGUGAUGGAAAGUUCAUCACCACCUUCCGCGGUCACGUAGGCGCGGUUUACCAGUGCUGCUUCUCCGCAGACUCUCGUAUGUUGGUGUCUUCGUCCAAGGAUACUACUCUCAAGAUUUGGGACUUGCGAACCGGCAAGCUCAAGAUGGAUCUUCCAGGACACAAGGACGAGGUCUUUGCUGUCGACUGGAGUCCUGAUGGACAGAAGAUCGGCAGUGGAGGCAAAGACAAGGCGAUUAAGAUCUGGCGGAACUAG